AGUUAUGACAUGAAAGAACUUUCCAUGGGCUGAAUAUAUUCAUUACAUACAGCACUCAUAUGUCAUUAUUGGUCAUAUUGGUUUAGGGGAUAUCAGGAUAUAUAGAUUCCCCACAAUUGCAGUCAGUACCUUACGGAGAAAGAUAUGCUUAUCUUCUUUUCUUUUCUAUUAUUUUUUCCAAAAAGAAGUAACUGUUUUGAAACCUACAAGGGAAAGUGGACACGAGGACUUGUAUGUCAUGUUUCCAUCAUCAUGUGUUGGACUAUCCACCAGAAUGAACUAGGAUUUGAGAGCGCUACCACUCAGAGAGAAGUAAUUAGUGCCCCACAUCACCCAUUUAAUGUACCUAGAGCAGGUCUCUCCAAAACUAAUACUUAUCACCUCAAGUUUCAAUGCCAAUUUAAUCAUAAUUUAAUUAUUAGGAUGGGAGCAUACCAUGUGACAGCCACUCUGAACAAGCAUUAGUUCAUAUAGUGCCUUAUAAGGCGCUAGGUGAACUAGUGCCUCUAUGAGAGACUACAUCUGUCAUUGCUUUAUUUAUUUUUCCUUUUCAAAGAGAAGAGGCGCAAAAUGGACUAACGCCUCUUCCAGGGUGUGCCACGAGCUAUUCAUGCCGAGAGACACAUAGAACCUCUUCCAGUGUGCGCCACGAGCUAUUCAUGCCGAGACUCACUUAGCGCCUUUUCCAGGGUGCGCCACGUGCUAUUCAUGCCGAGAGAGGGUAAUCAAGUUUGGAAAAAAUAUUUUUCUUUUUAAUAUUCGUAUAUUUUUUACCCAAUUAGUCAAUCUGCCAAAAAGUAGAGAUAAAUAGUUAGGUUUUAGAUUUAGGUGCAUGAAUUGAGACAAGAGUGUGAGGAAGAAAAAAGGGGAAUGAAUGAUUGUUGAAGGAGUGAUGGAGGAGAAUAAGGGAUGGAGCAGAGGGAUGACCAUUCUGACGGAGCUGGAUUCGAAUCUGGAGUCCCUUCAGGAGCUUCUCCGCACUGAAGCCUGGCUCACCGCUGAUCAAGCUCGCACCAUCAAGGUUCUGGAGCAAAGAGUGGAUAGAUUGGAAAGCGAUCUUGUUGGUGCCAUCACUGCAGCGUUUUACGAUGGUUCGGAGGAACAGUGUGCUGAAGCAGCACAGAAAUCAGCUGAAUUACAUGCUCAUGAGGGUACAACAGAGUUUGAGAACAUCAUAAAGCUGCUCAUGGGAGAACAGUGGACAAAGCAAGAAGAAAUCACUAAACGUGUAGAGAGAAUAAGACUUCUUAGAUCUAUUAUUGAAGUGUUUGGAGCAAAAGAUUGACUUUCUACAUCUGUGUAAAAGCUGUUGUUCUAGGUGUGAUCAAUACCCGCCCCCUUUUAUUAUCAUGUCAUUGAAUCAUGCGAGUUACUGAAGAUUGUUAUCCUAACCCUGUAAUAAAUGUUAUCAUUCCUAUCUGAAUCUUUUUACAUGAUUUAUUUCUC